GUGGCUGGGGUCAGCAGUUUUUGUCUGCAAUUUGACAAUAGUAAACAAAAACACGUGUGAGAAGAGAAUUUAGGAUUUUUUCGGGAAAAGCACAGAAAUAAGUAGUGAAACAUGGUGAAAAUCCGAAAGCAACGCAAGAAGAAGUCCUACAAUUAUGGGGCGAACAGGAAGAAUAUGAACAAGAAGCAGUUGCGAACGGGACACAUAAAAUGUCCAGAGGUGAAGAAGGAGUGGAACAAAGAUUGCCCAGUGAACAGGAACUUCAAGAACAUGGGCUUGUCAAAUGAUCCUAAUGCAGUGCUGCCCUUUCGGCGGAGUCAGCGAGAGCGAGUGGCUGUGAUGAAGAAGAGUCUGGAAACUGGGGAGAUUCCGCUGAAUGUUACGUCGAAUGCCAUCGAUCCGGAGGCGCCCAGGAAGAGGAGGAAGAAUGCACCCAAAGCGCAGGUGGCGGAGAAGCUGGAGGAGAACGCCAAUGCGCUGCGAGAGAGUGGAUUCCGCUUUUCCAAAGGCCAGGUGCGCCUCAUCUCGUACUUCCUGGACAAGCACAAGCUGAACUACCGCGCAAUGGUGAGUGACAAGAAGAACUAUGAGCAGGAGACGUGGAAGCAGUUGCGGAGGAAAGUGAGGAAGUUCCUCGCCAUUCCCGAGCACGUUGACGAAUAUCUGAAGACGCGCGGCCUGGAGAGACUGAGUCUCGAGGAGGAGGACACAGAUUCAGACUGAGACAUUUGUUCAAGCCUCUUUUAAUUGUUUCACCAUGUUUUUUCUUCUUCUGAUAAAUUGAUUAUGUCACAUACAUACAUUUAAUAGUAUCUCAA